AUGGCCAGAGAGACCAGGGGUUCGGCGCGUGCUGCCGAGUCACCCACAACACCCCAACCCGACUCGAGCACGAAACGAAAGCGCAUGAGCGCUGAUGCCGCCGCCUUGCAAGAGGCAAACGGCGGUGACAACCACGACACGAAACGAGCACGGAUGGCAAACCCGAACGGAGCAGGCGAUGCUUCGAACGGUAACGACGUCAAGACGGAGGAUGAUGGACCAGGACGACCGCUGUCCAUGGACGUGCGCGAGGCGAUUGCCGUCGUUAUUGCUCAAAUGGCCAAGAGUCUACCGCCUCCCAUCAACAACCUGCUCUCGCUGUCACUACCGCCCGACUUCUCGCGGUCAGACGAGAACACGCUGGGCUACAUGCUGAAGCAGGACACGCUGACAUGGGAGAACCUGGUGUCCACCAUCCACCUCUUCACGGAGCAUCUGCUCGCGCCGUCAUCCUACCCGAACCCGGUGCCGUCACUGUCGCGGAUCCACCUCCCGGUGCCGCCUCUCCCGGCCCACUUCCCGCCGAUGACACUGUACUCAUUCUGCACCGCUCUCCAUCAGAUUCUGCUACAGGUCGAGCCUCUGGACGACGGAUCAUCCCCGCUUGACUUUACGCAGACGCAAGAGCGCUGGGCCCUCAUGCAGAAGACGCCCGGAAACGGCGUGGGUACCCUGUCCGGCGAGUGGUUCACGGCGAGCGUCGACCUGCGCGAAGUCGAGGCCGCGAAAAAGAAGGUCAAGCUCGAACCAGGCAAGACACUGCUGGAGACGUUUGCGGAAACGGGCCAGAAGUUUGGAUACGCCAAGCCCGUCGCCGUCCAGACGAGUGGCGUCCUCGGCGAGCCGGACGAGAAGGACGUGCCCAAGCUCUCUGAGGUCGUGAUCCGGAGAGCGAGUCUGAAGGCGCAGCGGUGGAAGGACAUUCUGAAGGCGCGCCGGACAGGUUCUUUCGACACGACGCUGCACCCGGUGUCUGUCCCUCGUGUGUCGACUGGUGCAUUCACCCCGAGUUUUGCGCCGACGUACGACUCCAGCUCUGCCGCGGGCAUGGGCUACGACUCUACUCUGGACGCCAUGCACGAAUCUGCCCGGGAACGCAAGUACCUGAAGGAGUCAACGGUACACAACGUCCCCGAGGAGGGCUGGAAGGGUGUUCUCGCGAAGAAGCCCGAGAAGCCCGGCGACAAGCUCGAGGGCGAGGACGAGGCCGAGGUCAAGGUCGAGGAGUCUGUCGACGACGUUCUGGCCGCGAACGCCGAGCGCAUCGAGGAGCUGCAAGAGUGGCAGGAGCUGCGUGUCCGGAAAGGUGACGCCACCUGGGUCAGCGACCGCGAGCAGGCCGUCGCGGACGAGUUGUUUGCGUCGCUCGCCAAGCUCGUUGAAACCUCCGACACACCACCGUCUGCCCUGGUCGACGCCAAGCCUGGAAUGGCCCACACCCUCGCGAAACGCUUGCUUGCGAACCGGGCGCCGAUCAUCCGAGGCACGCUCGACCCUGCCCGUCCUCGUGCGCUUCACGACAACUCGACCAUCCGGCUUAGGGCCCAGGCAGCGGCGCAGAUCAACACGCAGGCGCCCUCGGCGCUCGGCCUCAAUGGAGUCGCACCGAGCCCGCAUGCCCCGCCACCAAAGGCGCAGCAGCCGUACGGCCAGCCGCAGAUGCGGGAACCGCCACCGCACACAAUGCCCAACACGCCCCGGUACUACCCGCAGCAGCAGCGGCCGGCGUACGGCAGCGUGCCGGCCAUGUCCCCCCCGCAAGGCGGGCAGCAGCACAUGGGCCAGAUGCGCAUGCCGUACCAGGGCGGCGCGGCCGGCUCGCCCUCGUACCGCCCGCAAGCUCCGAACUACCCGCGCACGCCCAUGACGCCUGGCGCGCAGAACGCGAGCUUGGGCGGCCCCGUCCAGUCGCCGAUGCCGCAGACGCCCGUCGGCCCCGGCUCACCGAUGCAGGCGCCGAUGCAGCAGCAGCCGAUGCAGUCGCCAAUGUACCAGCGCAUGGGGCCGGGACCGUCCAACCUUCGCCAGUCGUACAUGCCCGGCUACGGCAGCCCGGUGCAGAUGCGUAUGAUGCCGCAGCAGGUGAGCCCGCAAGUGCAGGCCGCGAUGCUGGGCAUGCCGAUACCGCAGCAGCAGAUGACGCCGCCGGGCAUGACGCCUGGCGCCAUGACGCCCGGCAGCCACGGCAGCAUGACGCCCGGCGGGCCCAGCGGCAUGAUGCAGCCGCAGAUGGGCAUGCAGGGCCAGAACAUGCAAGGCCAGGGCAUGGGCAUAGGCGUGCAGGGCAUGGGACAGCAGGGCCAGCAGGGCAUGCAGCAAGGCAUGCAGACCCAGGGCAUGCAGCAGGGCAUGAUGCAGAUGUCGCCGGGGAUGAACAUGGGCAUGCCGAUGAUGGGCAACCCGGCCGUGUCGCCUCAGCCGCAGCAGGGCCAGAUCUCCCCAGCCCAGCAGCAGCAGCAGCUCAUGCAGCCGGGUAUGCAGAUGCAACCCGGCAUGCAAGGCGGCAUGCAGGGCAUGCAGGGGCAGGGCCAGAUGAUGGGCCAAGGCGCAAUGGGCAUGAUGGGCGUGCCCAUGAUGUCGAACCAGAUCAGCAAUAAGCCCGCCCUCGCAUCGCCGAAUCUCGAACACCACCCCUCCCCCUUCUUGGCCCCAGCGCAAGUGCACGCCAACUGCAGCCCCGGCCCGUCAUCAACCCCUACCCUACGGCUUCGGGAACCGAGUCCAGCCGCGACACCGGUCAACCCAGUGGGACGACCACCACGACACCGAUACGCGAGCAGAAGAAAGAAGAAGCGAACCACCCCAGGACUCAUAUUGGAUUUAGGAUAG